AUGCAGCCAGAUACCAAAAACUGGACCCAGGUAACAGAGUUUGUCAUGGUGGGCUUUGCUGAGGUGCAUGAAGCACGCUUCCUCUUCCUCACACUCUUCCUCACCAUGUACCUGUUCACCCUGGUGGAGAACUUGGCCAUCAUCUUAGUGGUGGGCUUGGACCACCAGCUACGGAGACCCAUGUAUUUCUUCCUGACACACCUGUCCUGCCUUGAAAUCUGGUAUACCUCCAUCACAGUGCCCAAGAUGCUGGCUGGUUUUAUUGGGAUGGAUGAGGGAAAGAAUAUCUCCUAUGCUGGCUGCCUGUCCCAGCUCUUCCUUUUCACCUUCCUCGGGGCAACUGAGUGCUUCCUACUGGCCGCCACCUACGAUCGCUAUGUGGCCAUUUGCCUGCUGCUCCGCUAUGCAGCCUUGGUGUCCUGGGGCUCCUGCUUCCGUCUGGCGGCUGCCUGUUGGCUGGUAGGCUUCCUGACACCCAUUCUGCCCAUCUACCUCAUGUCUCGACUGGUAUUUUGUGGCCCAAAUGUCAUCGACCACUUCUUCUGUGAUGCCUCACCCCUGCUAGCCUUGUCUUGCUCGGAUGUCACCCUGAAGGAGAUGGUGGAUUUCCUGGUAUCCCUGGCUGUGCUCCUGGCCUCCUCCACGGUCAUUGCUGUGUCCUACGCCAACAUCGUCUGGACGCUGCUGCACAUCCGCUCGGCUGCUGAGCGCCGGAAGGCUUUCUCCACCUGUGCAGCUCACCUGACUGUGGUGAGCCUCUUUUACGGCACUCUUUUCUUCAUAUAUGUCAGGACCAAGGUGACCUCCUCCACCAGCUUCAACAAAGUGGUGUCCGUCUUCUACUCCAUUGUCACGCCCAUGCUCAACCCUCUCAUCUACAGUCUUUGGAACAAGGAGGUGAAGGGAGCUCUGGGUCGAGUCUUUUCUUUCAAGUCUUGGAAGGGACAGUGA